AUGGGCGAUCAGGCACAACAGAAUUUUCUGGCCUUGCUAGCCGCGCAAGCAGCUACACAAAACAAUAUGCCCAUGAAUUUACUUUUUCCAAAUUUAAAUUUUGGUAUGACGAACACAGUCGACAUGAUGUUUUGGAAUAUGGCACAUUUGUCGCAACCGGGAUUGCUGUUGCAACAACAACAACAGCAACCACAAGAAUCAUUUGAAGAAGUGCUAAGAAGGAUGGCCACUGCAAGUGCAAGAUCAGCUAAUAUCGUUGCUGAUAGACAACAAACGAAUCGGGGUACUGAUAAUGCAGAUAACAACGAAUUGACGCUGCGAGCAACUGGACAUUUUGUUGCUGACAUAGCUUCUACUUCUUCUACGAAUGUUGGCAUCCUGACCUCUGUUCCGGAUUCUCCAACAAAAGGUUUGGAACCGGGUGAAAUACCGAAGCGGAGGGAUAGCAAUAGAACGAGAAAUGGUAUGUCUUCGCAAUUAUCACCUUCGUCGUCAUCAUCAUCUUCAUCAGUUGGAGGAGUAUCGUUGAAUUCAAAUCUUUUAGAAGCAUCAGCACGCUGCUAUGCUGCACUUGCAGCUACAGCUUCGCAACAACAUCAGCAACACAGUGAGCUUAUUGCUGCCGUGUUGCAAAGUGCUGCUAAUUAUGAAAGAGCUAGAGCCCGAGUUGCAACUACUAGCACUGUCACAACUGCUUGUCCCAGUGGUAGCAGUAGUAGUAAUAGUACUCAUAUAUUGAAGAGGACUGCAUUGACUCAUCAGCAUGCCAGCAGUGGCUUAAGUACAUGCCGAAAAGAGGAAGGCCUUCGAUCAUGUGCAGUAUCUACAAAAAUUUCUUCGCACGAAUCAGUGCUGACAUCACCAUCAUCGGCUAGACUUACUGAUUCGCCUUUGGAUUUAUCGUUUCACAAACCAAGAAAUGGUACAACAGGGGAGCGUGGUCGUAUUUUUAGUGAACACACCAGCGGAGCGGAUUCCGAUGGUUCAAGAAAGCGUACACAAGCUGAUGCCUCUUUAAUACGAAUACCACUGAAAUCUGGCUGGCGACGUCAGACUUGCAUCCGAACAAUAAGUGCAAGCGGAGUUCGAGGUGAUGUUAUUUACUAUGCACCAUGUGGUAAAAAACUUGGUUCAUACGCUGAAGUGACGCGGUACCUUACAAAGAAGAAUAUCAAAGAUAUCGGCAGAGAGAAUUUCAGCUUCAGCUGUAAGGUUAUUGUUGGUGAGUACAUCUUGUUCAAAGAUGAUGAAGAUGGUUCAAAGGUUCCUGACAGGGUAUCGGAAGAAAGAAUUCUGGCAGAAAUUGCUAACUGUUCUGCUACCAACACUGUUCGUCGAACGUCUGGUACCCAUAUGAAAGCAACCCUUUCUUCGGGAACAACCGAUCUUCCUGGAACAGUUGCCCCAUCAGCUGACAAGAAUUUACUGAAAUUGACUGAGGAUAAUGCACUGAAACAAUUGCAUCGCCAACUCCUGCGACGUCAGGGAGAACAGCAAAUGUAUGCGCAGCUAUUGCUUACUUUCGGUCAGCACGUUCAACAACAACAGCAACGCCAUUUUCAUCAGCAGCAACAACAACAACAAAAACAGCAACCAUCGCUUAUUACAGUGGAGGGGAAAUCAGCAGCUGAAGUGGAACCUGAAAUCAAGAGACCUAAAAUAGAUGAAUCUGAGUCAACAACAUCACGGCACACAACACCCUCAGUCAUACCAGUUGCAACUUCCUUAAUUUCUAGUACUGCUAGUAAUAUUAUUCCUUCUCAUAUUGUUACCACUACCACUACUGCUGCUGUUGCCGGUUCUACUGCUCCAGCUACAGAAGUAAAACUACCAAAGCUAGAACUCAGUGAAGAAGAAAAGCAGGAAGAACGUUUGAAAGCACUUCGACUGCCGACGGACGAUCUUUUGAUCGAAGAAGCACGGAAAUUACCCACGCUUGAUUCUAUCGAAAAUCUCAGUGUUAGUGCAUCAACGUUUGCUAAUGUUUUGAUGGUUGAUGAAUUUAUACGUAAUUUCGGUCACGUUUUGAAAAUUGAUUUAAAUGCAAUACCGACGCUAAACGAGUUCCUGGCAGGUUUACAAAAUCAUCCGAAUUAUAUCAAAGGUUUCCUUCUACUCACUAAAAUUUUACUACAACUGGUCCUCGAAUAUCCUGGAUUGCCAUCAGGAAUUGCCGGGCGAACUCCUCUCGGACAAGCACUCAAGGAUGUGGGUGUCCAUCGGGAGAAUUACUCAGAAUUACUAAAGAUGUUUCUUUUAUCACGUGAUGAAGAGGGAAAAAAGCUGGGUACCAAACUAGAAUACUGCUCGUUCGAGUGUUUAGAUCCAGAAUCAAAAGCUGCGAUUUUAGCCUUUCUAUGUAACGAACUGCUGUACUGCCGGAACGUUGUUCGCGAUAUUGAAUCGAAUAUGGAAGAAAUGACGCGUUUGAAAGGUGAAAAGUGGCUACGAGAAGGUAAAUCACGUGCUUUGCGAGCAGUACAGACACGAAAGCGAGCAGCGCUAAAACGACUGAGGCAUGAUAUCAGAGAUGAUGAUACCUUAUCUAGUCGAGCUGGUACUCCUGGUUCGGAACCUUCUGAUGUUUCCGAAGAAGUGGAACCGGCAUUGCAACCAUCGCGGCUGAAAGCACUCACACCAGGCCUUGGACAGUGCGAUGUGUUAACUGAAGAAGAGGAGGCAAUGACCGUUGAUGAAUUGGAUGAGUAUAUCGGAAAGCUCAAUAAUGAAGCGGAAGAGCUACGUGAAAGGCACAACACAUUGAUCAAUCGUGUGCGCAUUCAACCUAUUGGACAGGAUCGUUUUCAUCGUUUCUAUUGGAUUUUACCACGUCUUGGUGUCCCACUGGUGGAAAGCAUUGCUUCAUCGGGUCUCCACAAUCCAGCGGUUAAUGUCGAUAUCACUUGUCGGCAGGAUCCGCCAUCCAUUGCUGAGGAUCCGCAAAAUUUUAUCGAUCCGAAUGUCAUUGCUUGUUUGGAAGAUAUCCUGGAUACUUUAUGUGGCAAUGAAGAACGCCCAGACAGAGGAAAAAAAGUACGUUUACGUAGACUGGAUAACAAGUGCAAACGUGGUUGGUGGAUGAUAUCAAAUGGGAAACUAAUGGAGCAACUGCGGGGUGCGUUUCACGGUCGAGGUAUACGGGAGCGGGUAUUACAUCGUUUGCUUAUUAAAGACAAUUUCACAUUCAAUCCAAGUACUCAAUUAAAAUUGGAGCGUGUUAGUCGGCCGUUGACAAACAACGAAAUCAACAAAGCAAUGAUAAUAAGACUUGCUGCCCUUAUUUCAUCAUUUGAACAAAAAGUUGUCGCAGCCAAUAUUCACUGUCGACCAAUGUUUCCGACUGGAGAUAACCGCGACGAUGAUACAGAAAGUGAAGAUAGUCUGGAUGCUUGGACUUUGGAUGAUGGUUAUGUAUUGACUGAUGAAGCAGAAAUUAAUGAAGACUGUCCACUGUUCGAGUGGGAUAAUUUCAAAGCGUUGAAAGUGCGACUUUUAGAAGUCGAGAAAAGUAUUGAACGUCGGUAUUUGCUUCAUCGCUAUUAUGCAGGUUCUACGAUACCGGCUGAGAAGAUCCUGCGCACUCAACAACAGAAUAAUCAAAAUGGUAGCAGUGCAGAUACAAGUAGCAUCGUAGAUGUUAGUGAAGUCCAAUCAGAAACUAGUGAUUCAAUCAACUCCAAUUGUCCGUUUGAUGGUGCCGCUAUCACGGUUGAUGAAAGUGGUAAUACUGAACUUUUACAGCGUUGGCGUAAUUACGUUCAGCAAGCUAAAACUGGUGGACAAAUUAUGUUUGCACUGCAGGCUUUGGACUCAGCCAUUGCAUGGGAAAAAUCGAUAAUGAAAGCGAGCUGUCAGAUUUGUCGAACAAGUGAGAAUGAAAGUCAACUGUUACUUUGUGAUGCUUGUGACAUGGGUUAUCAUAUGUACUGCUUCCGUCCACGAAUAGCUACAGUCCCAGAUGGUGAGUGGUACUGCCCUUUAUGUGUCCAGCGAGCCUGUCGAAAGGUGCUUUGCCUUCUUUGUGCCAAGUGGAAUCGCCCAAAUUCGCAGCCUCUGGAACCGAUUAUCGUAUGUUCGAAAUGUUACAAUGGUUACCAUGCAUCUUGUUUCGAUCGUUCACCAACACUUAAUGAUCCCAAACAAUGGACCUGUCCGGGCUGCCUCAAUGCUGAUGGUUUCUCGACAGAACUCGCAAAUUCUCUUCUAAAUGGUGAUGUGGAAAUAGCGCUUGCUCAACAGGAGGGCCAGGAAAAGCAAACUGGUUGCGUACAGGAGGAUGCAAGCGGACGUCAAGAAGCUCCACGACAUAGGCGAAGAAUGACACCAGCCGACUAUGAUUUUCCUCUAGAUAUGAUGAAGAACCUUUUUAACACGAUGCUGGAUGAGCUGUGGGCGAGACCUGAGUCGGGGCCGUUUCAGUAUCCUGUUGAUACUAAAGAAGUACCAUUUUAUAAAAAAGUCAUCAAAAGACCGAUGGAUCUAAAUCAAAUGCGAAUGAAUGUUGAAAAUAACAAAUACAUAACGCAGGAAAGUUUUAUCGAAGACUUAGAACAGAUUUUCGAAAAUUGUCGAACUUUUAACGAGGAUGAGUCACCGAUUGGUCAGUCUGGAGUGACACUACAUAAAUUCUACUUGAAAAGAUGGAAACAGUUGCGAUAUAAUUACUCGAAACGUUUGAAGCGUUUGAAAAAUCCGCGUCUUGUGCACUCGGUAACACUGUUAUCGUCGUCAUCAUAGGAACAAAUCAAUAAGAGCAGCGAACAACCAGUAUGAAUGAUCUAGGUUCUUUGACUCGGGCAAGUGUGGAUGGCGUCAGGGACAUCAGAAGUGACAGAUCGAAAAUGAACAGAUCUCUUAUGUUGAAUAGUUAUUAUAUUUUCUUCUCGACACAGCAUACCGAUUAUGCUUCCUGCAUGAUGUCCAUUCAGUUUCGCCAGCAAUAUGGUCGGAGGUGAAACGAUUGGCAUCGUGGUCUUCCUUUGCAGCCAAAUAUUAGAGCUAUUUUAGUUUGUCAAAUUUCUUCCUGAAUAUUGAAGUAAUUGUAACGUAUACUCUGUCUAAUACAUGUUUCAGUAUUUGGAUUUGAAACAACGGAAAUAUCGCUUUCAAAUCCACCUCUUAUUGUUUAGUUCUGUCUUGCUAUCCUCUGUUUUAAUAAGUUGGA